AUGCAGAUCUGGCUGGAUCGAACAUUGCCAUGUUGCUCGGUUCGCAGCGUUGCGUGGCUCGGAGACUGGCUUUUCCUCGGGACCGACGACGGAACCCUGAACACUCUGAGGGUUACCCCUCGAUCCUCCAUCACUGCUACUCCUACUACAGGAGAAAGUAACACUUUUCAGAGGAAGCUUGGAGAAGCUCAUCACAUUCAGUGCUACUCCGGGCACACAGUAAGCAAAGAACCUCUCUUUACAUACUUCCAGACAAGCAACGCAUUCUGUCGUCGUACGGCACUUCAUACGGAUUAUUAUUUCUGCUUUUGUGUCAUGUGUACGUUGCUUCAGGCUCCAGUGUGCUACGUGUGUGCAGAUGCAAAAGGAUUAGUAGUGACAGGAGAUUCAUAUGGCUACGUCGGCGUUUGGGAGGAGGCUGGUGGACAAUGGCAACGUCACUCGUACUUCUCCCUUGAGGCUUCUGGGGAAUUGGGUGUGGUUCUCUGGUCGCGCGAUGUGAAAAAGCCUUGUUCUUGCUUUUGUGCUCGCCCUGACGGCAGUGGAUUUGCUCUGGCAACGCAUGACGGCGAAAUUCUUCUUUACGAUUCCCGGGGUCUUCUCAUUCAGAGGCGAGCUCCAAGAGCUCAUGAUAGCACUACAGAAAGGAUCACGGCUCUGGCAUGGCAACCAGGAUCUUGGUCACUUCAACCGUUACUGGUUGCCUAUCGCAGUGGUCACGCCCUGUUGUUGCAGUCUGCCGGGGAUUCCCAACCCUAUCACAUAGAUACCAGGCUUUCUUCAUGCGUGGCUGCAGAAUGGAGCCCUGCCGGAACCUACGCUGCCUUGCUAGGUCUGCCUACUUCAGAUGUCUUGCCGCGCAUCCGGUCCUUCAGCGCAACACCAGAAACAACAGAAAAAAGCAUACGCCAGGACAGUGCUGUCCGAACGAGCCUCUUGCAGCUCAUUCAGGCUAGCGGUGAGGUAGUUGCUUCUCUAGAUUUGGUCAGUGGCGAGCCUCGGUCGCUCGCGUGGGGCUUUGAAGGGGGAAUGCUUGCAGCAGCCGCAGAUCUAGGACUUUUUCUAGUGUCAGUGCGUCAGGAUGCUGUAUGCUGUUCGUUCGGGGAUCAUGCACUAGCUAUUGCUCGUCCGGUAAUACACCAGCAGCUAGCAACAGAGGUUUCCUUUACGGGCGAGCAAGGUGGUUGCCGCUGCAUACGGGUGUUUCCGGGCCCUCGUCUCCUCGUCUCAGGCGAGAGGCACUGUGCAGUUAUGGCACACGCCACACCCGUGUUGCCACCAAGAAUCUUCUGGGAUGAAGAGUCAUGUAGCGCUUGGCAGCAUCAGCUGCAGCACCAGGAAGGGCCGUACAGGCUCCUCGAUGAAAAUGUAUUUUGUGAACCUGGCUUGCAAAAGCCGCAGCAGGAACGAAAAUACGACGGUUUUCCUGUAGAACUCUGCGACAUCUUUGGCAACACAAUCGAGACCGUGGUGUCUCCGCUUGAUCAAGACAACAUGAUCGCAGUAUUGCAAGGGUCUCGGAUGAUACUAAUCUGCACUACACAUCAAGAAGCUGAUCAGCCAUAUAACAUGAGCCUUCAGGCAAACGAUAAGCCCCCAUGUGGGCCGAUGUACCUGAUUGAGCUGUCAAACCUCUGUGCAAAAGCUUUGUGCCUCUCCUGUUUCCAACAAGGGCAAGCAGCGGCUUCUGAACAUGACUUCUUGAUACGGUAUGAUGCAGAACCACUAGUGCAAAUGAGACAAUUGAUCAGCCUGGAACAAUUACGAACAGAUGAGUCAGGAGCGCUAGUGGGACUACGGCGGGCUACUGCACUGGCAGCAAGGUUUAACCAUCCCACCUUGUGGAAGCUCAUUGCAGACGCCGCGUUGUUAAUGGAAGACGUAGACGCCAUUGAAGAGGCGUUAGUGAGAUGUGAAGAUUAUUGUUGCAUCCAGGUGCUCAAACAGGCUCGCCGAUUAGGCGAAACAGGGGAAGGCAGGCCCCUACUCAAGGCUUUAGCUGGGGACAUUUUGGGGGCGGGAGUAUUCUAUGAGAGUCUGCAAAAAUGGGAUCAAGCUGCUUACCUUUUUGCUACUUUCGGAAUGUGGGAGGAAGCAUCAGAUACUCUGAGGCUGACUGAGUCCUCAAAAGGUCGUGGAGAUCAAACUGUUACGAAUAAUGUUCGCGAGGCCUUGGCUGAUGCCUGGAAAGAACGAAGGCAGUGGUCACGAGCAAUCGACCUCUAUCGGUCACUUGUGCCUCGAGAGGGACUUUUUGAAUCAUACUUCUUUUCCGAGGACUACGAGUCGCUGGAACGCACUACCAGUGGUCUUCAUGAAGAAGAACAACAGGUUUUAUUGCGUGCGGCUCACUUACUUGCUGCUAUUGGGAAGGGAUCAGCCAGCGCAGAGGCUUUCCUUAAGGCGGAGAUGCCAGAGCUUGCCUUGAAUGCAGCAUUGCAUAGUGGAGAAUGGACAAUGGCCAUCUCACUGGCCAGAGAGCACUGCAACAACACGAAGCUGCAAGCGAUCUCUGCUACUUAUAAGGCAGCCGUGCAGCACCAGCAGGGUGUUGGCGGUAUCCUUCAUGCAGAUGAAACCUCUAUUUCUUUGGGCGACCCCGAGGCAGCAGAGCAGGGACUGGACAUCUUCACAAGCCAACUUGAGUCAUCCACAUGGAGUCCCCAAAGACAGCGCAACAUGCGUGUCAUGGCUGCACUGUUGAUUCGGCAGAGCUGUUCGACCAAUGCUCGUACAAACGAACAAUAUUGUUUGACAUAUGAGAUUCCCAGCAGCACUGACAGGCCUUAUAGGGCCACACCAUCUGUAGCACUCACCGGGCACUUCUCCCCCAAUUUAGAAGAAGAGAAACAGUGGCUCGGGGCAGCAGAGUACCAUCUGUACCUGCUUUGCUGUCUUCAUCACUCUGAGCGACGAUUUCGUGCGGCUCUUUGUGCGGCUGUGAGACUUUGGGAGUGCUGCUCGCAAGAGGUUCCCCGUCAUGUUCGAGCCCACCUACUCUUUGUUUCCGCCUGCAAAGCAAAAGAAUGGGAGCUCUCAUCACAAGCGCUGCAUGUGCUAGAGAUGAGCUCUCCUGCAUCAUCAAGGGAGAGCCAGCACCUGAAGACCACAAGUAUCUUACUCUUUGCAGAGCGUCGUGAGCGCGAGCCUCUUAGGGCCUAUGAUAAGCUCCUCUGCCCCGGAUGCAAGUCACUAAGCUACUACUGGGAAUGUUCCUGCCCUAAUUGCGACUUAUAUUUUCCUUGGUGUGCGGCUACUGGGCUUCCCGUACGCUACGUUGCUUGCUUACUCCGGGAUGCCUACACAGUCGAGAAGGAUAAGACCCUUUCGGCGCCACCGUUACGUAUGGAUGACUCAUCAUCUACCAUCGCUGGAGGGCCCAAACCACCUGACCCUGAAAUGGUCUGGCCAUAUGGUGGACCCUGUGUUCCCAAGGAAUGCGGUACCUGCAGCCUCUCCACUGCAGCGUGGGGACCGGGGGGUUCCCUUCAUUUAUGUCCAUUUUGCAGCCAGCCUUUCGUGGGUAAAGGACCAAGUGGCGUGAAUUCCCGAAACACCCCAUUAUGUUGGCUUACAGAUGAAGGGGUGCCGAACUAUCUGUCUAUGGUAAAGCUUGAAGAAGCUCGACUUCAGGCAAGUUAA